UUCAACUUUCUUUUAAUCACCCACACCCAUAAAGCAGAUGAGGCUGCGCCCGAAAUGACCGGAGGGGACACGAAGUUGACGGCAUUGCGCACUACCCCCUCACCGACAGGUGGCUGACAUCAUCACCACCAUCAGCGCGCACGGAUUGGACAGGGAACACGCAGAGGACACGCGCGAGAUGUCUGAUAUAAGACUACAGCUGAGCGGAGAGGAGGGUGGAGGAGUGACAUCCAAAGUGACUUUUGAGGAGACAGACACAUCGGAGAGAGAGAGAGAGAGAGAGAGAGAGAGAGAGAGAGAGAUCACCAGCAGUCAGACAAAGCUGCACGUUCCCCUGGAAGUUUGACACCCCCAGCGGGCUACAGACGGAGUUGCGCUCCGCCGCUGCCAUGGAGCCUCGGAAGUGUACUGGAUGUGUAUUGAUUGGAGUUUACCUGUGGGCGACAUUCUGCUGUCAAGGUUGCCAUGGCGGUGUGUACCAGAGGAAGCUGUACCGAGACCUGAUGGUAAACUACAGUCGCCUGGAAAGACCCGUGCACAACGACUCCGCACCCAUUGUUGUGGACCUCGGCCUCACGUUGCUGCAAAUCAUUGACGUGGAUGAAAAGAACCAGGUGAUGAUCACAAAUGCCUGGCUGCAGCUGUAUUGGACAGACAUUUACCUGUCAUGGAACCCGGAGAGCUACCCCGGCGUUCAAAACCUGCGUUUUCCUUCCAAUUUGGUAUGGGUCCCAGAUAUCCUCCUCUAUAACAGUGCUGAUGAGCGGUUUGAUGCUACAUUCCAUACAAAUGUGCUGGUAAAUGCUUCAGGAUCCUGCCAGUACAUCCCACCAGGGAUCCUGAAAAGUACCUGCUACAUCGAUGUGCGGUGGUUCCCCUUCGAUGUGCAGAAGUGUGACCUAAAGUUUGGUUCCUGGACCCACAACGGCUGGCUGCUGGACCUCCAGAUGAUGGACGUGGACAUCUCCACCUACAUACCCAACGGGGAAUGGGAUCUCGUAGGUGUGCCUGCCAAGCGUAAUGAGCUGUACUACGACUGCUGUAAGGAGCCCUACCCUGAUGUGACGUUCACGGUCACCAUGCGCCGCAGGACACUUUACUACGGCCUCAACCUGCUCAUCCCCUGCGUGCUCAUCUCUGGCCUGGCCCUGCUGGUCUUCCUGCUCCCUGCUGACUCUGGAGAGAAGAUCUCACUCGGCAUCACAGUGCUGCUGUCUCUAACAGUGUUCAUGUUACUGGUAGCAGAGAUCAUGCCUGCCACUUCAGACUCUGUUCCCUUGAUUGCUCAAUACUUUGCUAGCACCAUGAUGAUUGUGGGCUUGUCUGUGGUGGUAACAGUGCUGGUACUACAGUUCCACCACCAUGACCCCCAUGGAGGGAAGAUGCCUAAAUGGGUCCGAGUUAUCCUGCUAAACUGGUGUGCUUGGUUUCUACGCAUGAAGAAACCUGGUGAGGAAAGAAAAACAGCCGUGAGCUCCAGUAGCCCCCCAAACUACAAGUACUCCAACCCUGCUCCUCCUCACCAUACCAGCACCAAUAGCAUUCAGAUGAGCACCAUUCCAGGGCAGGCCUCCACCCAGUCAACCACCACCAAUGGGAACAUGAACCUGUACUUCGGCUACCACUCGAUGGGUACAGACAACCCUGCUUUCCCACCGAGCACUGAUUCAGGUGUGGUGGUGUGCGGUGGUGGGGGCGGCGGCCAUCCUAACGGCUCCUCCCCACACGACAUCCACCCAGAACAGGCGCGGACUUUGCUGCUGGAGCAGGUUCCGGAAAUUUCCCGGAUCCUGGAGGAAGUGCACUACAUUGCCCAACGCUUCCGAGAGCAGGACGAGGGAGAGGCGAUCUGCAGCGAGUGGAAGUUCGCAGCGGCGGUGGUGGAUCGGUUAUGCCUGGUGGCCUUCUCACUCUUCUCCAUCAUCUGCACCUUCACCAUCCUCAUGUCAGCUCCCAAUUUCAUUGAGGCCGUGUCCAAAGACUUCACAUAAGGCUGAUUUCCUCCCUUUCUGAGAGGAAAAGAAGAGGAAAUGCGAACAUUGAAAAUCCUGACACAAUUAAAACUCUACCACAAAAAGCCUCCCUGCUACAACGAUGUGAAGCCCCAAAUGUUUGUUAUUUCAAAAGUGUUGUGACCAACCACAGAACACCAGAAGCAAACCUGUCCCUCUAUCUUUACAGAUUACAGCCAGUAGUGUGGCUGUUGGGAGAUAAUGUGAUUUUUCCUUUUCAAGGUGGCUCUCCUCGCUA